UCCUGGCCAGGGAGGCUGUUUUUUGCUGUUACAGCGAAAUAGAAAUCCCAUGUGCUUCAGCAGCGUAGCUUGGCCCAGGCAACGGGGGGUGGUGAAUCUCCCAUGUAUGUCUGCUGUAAGGCACAGGAGGCUGUUAGAUCAUAGGGAUCGGCACACGGCGUUGCUUCUGGGUCGUGUCUGCUUGUCUGGAUGUCGGGAAGCACAGGAGAAGAGAUGUGUGCUGUAAGGACCUGCCAGAUGUCGACCUACAAGCGGGCAACGCUGGAUGAGGAGGAGCUGAUAGACCCCAUGGAUGGGGGAGAGGUCUACCCCAAUGGAAUCCAGGUGAACUUUUGUGGCUCAGGGAGCAGGAAGAGCUGCUGGGGGGAGCGGACGCGCCUGGAGAAGUGCCUCCUGGCCCUGGCGGGGGCUCUGGCGCUUGGCCUCCUGCUCUGCAUCUCCAUCCUGCUGUUCCAGUACCGAACUCGGCCAUGUCUGACAGAGUCCUGCAUCUCCACGACCAGCUCCAUCCUGAGCUCGCUGGACCAGGCGGUGGACCCCUGUGAGGACUUCUUCCGCUAUGCCUGUGGCGGCUGGAUCAAGAGCAACCCUCUCCCGGAUGGCCACUCCCGCUGGGGCACCUUCAACAAGCUCUGGGAGCACAACCAGGCCAUCAUGAAGCAUCUUCUGGAGAACACCACGGCCAGUACGUUGAGUGAUGCAGAACGCAAAGCGCAGAAUUACUACCAGUCCUGCAUGAACGAGAGUAAGAUCGAGGAGCUCAAGGCCGAACCCCUGAUGGACCUGAUCCGGAAGCUUGGGGGCUGGAACAUCACUGGCCCCUGGGAGGAGGGCAGCUUCAACCAGACCCUGCUGGCGCUGGCUGCCCACCACCACAUCUCACCCUUCUUCUCCAUCUACGUGAGUGCCGACUCCAAGAACUCCAACAGCAACGUCAUUCAGGUCGACCAGUCGGGCCUUGGGCUGCCUUCCAGGGAUUUCUAUCUGAACAAAACCCAGAAUGAGAAGGUGCUCUCUGGGUACCUGAACUUCAUGGUGCAGCUCGGCAUGCUCUUGGGGGGGCAGGAUGAGGCCGCCGUUCGGCAGCAGAUGCAACAGAUCCUGAAUUUUGAGACCACUCUGGCCAACAUGACCACCCCCCAGGAGAAGCGUCGGGACGAGGAGGCCAUCUACCACAAGAUGACGGCCGGGGACCUCAAGAGCCUGGCCCCUGCCGUAGAUUGGAUGCCCCUCCUCAACGCCGUCUUCUACCCCGUGGAGAUCAAUGCGUCGGAGCCAGUGGUGGUCUAUGCCAAGGAAUACCUCGAGCAGGUCUCCUCCCUCAUCCUCACGACAGACAAGUGCCUCCUGCACAAUUACAUGAUUUGGAACCUGGUGAGGAAGACCUGCACCUUUUUGGACCAGCGUUUCCAAGACGCCGAGGAGAAGUUCAUGGAAACCAUGUAUGGGACGAAGAAGACCUGCUUGCCUCGCUGGAAGUUCUGCAUCAGCGACACGGACAACAACUUGGGCUUCGCUCUGGGUGCCACGUUUGUGAAAGCCACCUUUGCAGAGGACAGCAAGGCCAUUGCGGAAGAAAUGAUAACAGAGAUCAAGGCAGCCUUUGAGGAGAGCCUCGCGAACCUGCAGUGGAUGGACGAAGAAACAAGGAGAGCGGCUAAGGAGAAGGCGGACGCCAUCUAUGACAUGAUCGGCUACCCCAAGUUCAUUAUGGACCCCAAAGAACUGGACAAAGUCUUUACUGAUUACAACGCUGUUCCUGACCUCUACUUUGAAAACGUCAUGCAGUUCUUCAACUUCUCUGCCCGUGUGGCAGCCGAUCAGCUGCGGAAGCCACCAAAUCGUGACCAGUGGAGCAUGACGCCCGCAACGGUGAACGCCUACUACUCCCCUACCAAGAACGAGAUCGUCUUCCCCGUGGGGAUUUUGCAGGCUCCCUUCUACACCCAGAGCUCCCCCAAGGCGCUCAACUUCGGUGGGAUUGGUGUUGUAAUGGGCCAUGAAUUGACUCACGCCUUUGAUGAUCAAGGCCGUGAGUACGACAAGGACGGCAACCUCCGCUCCUGGUGGAAGAACUCGUCGGUGGAGGCUUUCAAGCAGCAGACGGCGUGCAUGGUGGCCCAGUACAGCAAUUACACCAUCAAUAAGGAAGCCAUCAAUGGCAAGCACACGCUGGGGGAAAACAUUGCAGACAACGGGGGGCUCAAGGCUGCCUAUCGGGCCUAUCAAAACUGGAUGAAGAAAAACGGGCAGGAGGAGACCCUGCCGACUCUCGGCCUCACCAACCACCAGCUCUUCUUUGUGGGAUUUGCCCAGGUCUGGUGCUCUGUGCGGACCCCCGAGAGCUCCCACGAAGGACUCAUCACCGAUCCACACAGCCCCUCCCGCUUCCGGGUCAUUGGCACUGUCUCCAAUUCGAGGGAGUUCUCGGAGCACUUCCACUGCCCAGCAGGUUCCCCGAUGAACCCAAGACAGAAGUGUGAAGUCUGGUGACUUUUGUGUCUAGGGAGGCUGAGCAACUGAAGGAGGAGAAUCCACCCCUGCUCGGGAUCGUUUCUUCCGGAAGCAAACUGUCCCCAGCCCCUUGCUGGCAGAGAGGAACGGCUUUCCGGCCCACCUUCCGGAGCACCACCGGCAUGCACUGACUGACAUCCACACUUUCUCUGUGCAGGGACACAGACUGUAUCUAGCACAGGCUUUACACUUUUCUACGUAUUUUAAAGGGAGAAUUGCUUUUUUAAAAGGCAGCAAAUCUGACCGCUCCCCUCUAAAACAAUGCCACGCUUGCCGCAGAGAGGGGUAUGGAUGGAUAAACACAUGCCAGAAACCUGUUGUAAGAUGUACUUUUUGGAAACUAUUUUUUGAAUCUUGUGGAACACUGGAAACUUCAGGGAAAAAUCUAUUGAAGUGGUUUUUAUAUAUAUA